AUGGACUCCGCCGCCGCCGUCCUCGCCAUCCUCAGGAAGCUGCAGUCCCUGGGCUUCUGCGCCGAUCUCCGGAUCCCCGACGCCGCCGCGGCCUCCGACCCCUCGGAGGCGUUCGACGCCGUCCUCGCCACGUUCCUGCGCGAGGCCUACACCGGCGGCCGCGAGGCGCGGCCUAUCCCCGUGGCGCUUAGCGAUGGCCGAUGCGUCGACCUCCUCCGCCUCUUCCUCGCCGUCCGCGCCGCGGGGGGCUACGCCGGCGUGCCCAACUCUCCAGGUGGCUGGGCCGCCGCCGCCGAGGCUGCCGGCGUUGACCCCGCCCUCGCGGCGCCCGUCAAGCUGGUCUACGCCAAGUACCUUGGCGCCCUAGACCGCUGGAUCCAGAGGCUUGUGGAAGCGCACGGGCCCUUCUUGGAUGUCGACAUGAAGAAGAGGCAAGAGCUGUUCUUUGGUGCCAAUGGUGUGGAGGAAGAAGAAGAAAGGCUCUUGAACUGCAAUGGGAGGGAGCAGCGGCAUGUGUUGUUGAAGAGGAAGAGGGGGGACAUGGUUGGGAUGCUGGGUUGGGUGAGGGAGAUAGCCGAGAAUGCUGGCAAUGGUGUUGCUGUGGCUGCUGGGUCUUCAGAUGAGUACUUCUCAAUGGCAUUGGCGGUCAGGGAGAUGGUUACCGGGAAGAGGGCUCGCCGAGCAAGCAUGUUGAAUGGCUCACUUUUUCAGGAAAUAUUCCCAAUGGCUUGCAAUUGCUGUACGAGUCCUACCAGUGUUGGAAUUUGUUCAAAAGCAAAAUUACUGAAUGGUUCUGUAGUGCUCACAGAACAGGAGAACAGCUUGGCUGGAGAAGGGAAACUUGGGACUAGGACUCAUAAUUCUUCUAAUGGUUGGCUUUUUACAAGCCACCAGAAGAAUGAAAUACCUGUUGGUCCGGACUAUCAAGUACACGUGCCACAAUGGACUGGUGAGGUGCCUGUAAAUUAUGAUGGUCCAGAAACUCUGAAAUGGUUGGGAACAAAGGUAUGGCCUCCAGAAAAUGAAAGCUGUAAAACAUUGUUUUGUGGUGAUCCUAUUGGCAAAGGCAGAGAAGUUGUUUGUGGUUGCAACUAUCCUGGAUCAGUGGAAUGUGUUCGGUUUCAUGUAGCAGAACGGAGACUUAAGUUGAAACGUGAACUUGGUGUGGCUUUCUAUGCAUGGGGAUUCAAUCGUAUGGGUGAGGAGAUUGCACUUUCUUGGACAGAUGAAGAGGAGGCAAGUUUCAAGGCCGCAGCACAACAUAGUGCUGCAUCUUCUGGCAGGAAUUUCUGGAACCGCCUCCACUUAUUUUUUCAAUUUAAGGGGAGGAAAGAACUGGUGAGCUAUUAUUUUAAUUGUUUUCUUCUUAGAAGGAGGUGCUACCAAAACAGGAUCACUCCAAAGAACAUAGACAGUGAUGAUGACGAAGAAACAGAAUUUAGAUUCCUAGGGAAUCGACUUGGUCACUGUGCAGCUAAGUAUCACAGUACCAAGCACACCAUCUGCAUUGAAAAUACACACUCUAUGGAUCUAGACGAGUAG